UCGCGCAUGCGCAGAGCCAGUUCCCCGAGCCGUGUCAAUGUGGGACGAGAAACCGCACAUCUGAUCGCUUACAGAAGACUUCAGCACCCGGAUCAAGUGUUCAGACCUCGGAGCGCGUGUUUGGUCGUGUGUGCAUCAUGACGAGCAGCUCGAAGCGGAAAGAAGAGCUUCAUGUGCUGAACGGAGGACUGAAGCAGUCCACAUGGAGCAAAGCCAUCAGCUGCAGAGCAGUGUGGGACGAGAAGGAUGAGUUUUUAGAUGUGGUCUACUGGCUCCGUCAGAUCAUCGCUGUGCUGUUGGGGGUAAUAUGGGGGGUGGCACCUCUGAAGGGGUUUCUGGGAAUAGCCAUAUUCUGUAUCAUCAACGCAGGCGUCCUGUACGUGUACAUCAGCAGUUUCCAGCAGGUGGACGAGGAGGAGUACGGAGGAACAUGGGAGCUCACCAAAGAGGGCUUCAUGACUUCAUUCGCCCUGUUUCUGGUGGUCUGGAUCAUCUUCUACACGGCGCUACACUACGACUGAGGACUGCAGGAGAGACAGAGACGGACUCUUAUUUAAUGUGAUCAGGAUGGAGCUACUUUCCAAGGCGUCUGUAUGUGUGCUCCAGAAGAAGAGGUGCAUCGUGGGUACAACACAUGUUAAUAACUGUCUGGAGGCCAGGAAGCUGAUGUCGUCCAGCGCACUGCCAUGACUCAUGGGUUAAAAACUGUUGUUUCUGUUUGUCCUCUCUGCUUCUUCUUGUCUGACUGCAGCCGAAUCAAGCAGGAAUUGACUUAAUUUAAUAUCCGUUCACCUAAUCGUUCCAACACAGAUGGUAAAGAUGAAAUAGGAGUGUGUAAAUCCUGUACAAUUCAUUUGAUUGAAUCCAUAAUGUAUUAAAGUAUUUCUUAAGUCUUGUUGAUGUAACAUACUGCUCAGUAUUUUAUAGUGUAUUGAUGGAAAUGCUAAUGUUAUGAGUAACGAGUUGCACCCGAGGCUGUAGAGAGACUAUUUUCUGGCUCAAAUGUUUUGUAGAAUGAAAUAAAACUGGGCUUUGUCUGCCCCACACUUUUGAACGGGCGCCUGCUCCGCGUCUGAUGGACUCUGUGCUGGGUUUCUGUCGACCUGUAAUGGUGCGGGACAUCUGACGUCUCUCAGGCAGAACGGGUCAACGGUCUGUCAGUAGUGUGAUGAACUGAAGAGCCACUCGCACACAAGACACUUUCAAACCAAGCAGACUUCUGUGCUUGUUAUUAACUAGAAUAUGUUUUGUUGCAGACAUAGUUAACAUACUUUAAAGCUGUGGCCAUAAUAUACAGAUGUGAGAGAUCAGGGCGGUCAAACUCAAUUCCUGGAGGACCGGAGAGUCACACACACACACACACACACUGUGUAGUUCAGACUUGAUUAGCUGGAUCAGGUGUGUUUAAUUAGGGUUGAAUCUAGUCUCUGCAGGGCUCCAGGAACUGAGUUUGACCCCAGGGUAGAUUAUUCAAACUAGUUAACAGAGUUAAAAACAUUCAUUUAUUUCAGGAUAAUGUAUUUGUCUCAUCUUUUUUUAUUUGUCAUUCUCUUAUUAAACUUUUAUAUCUUUG